AUCGUAUACAAAGGCGCCAGUGAUAAGAAAGCCUGGCCUGUCGAUGACGCAUUCAACCUUCAGUACUGGCGAACGAGUGUAAAGCCCGUCUGAUGCGAUGAAGGAAUACGAACAGUGUUCAGCGUACGUACUGCAUCGUCUGCAAAUGAUCAUGAAUUCUAUGCCUCUCAUGGCGACUUGUCGGAACUGAUGUCGAACCAUGAAAAGGUUGCUAGCCUUUCUACUGCUAUGUCUUCUCGCUGGUGGACACUUCAUUCAUGCUUUGAGGUUCAAUAACAUAGUAGCGCAUGCUAUAUAUGAACGCUGGGACGCUUCAACUAACGGAACAUUGCUAUUUGAGUUCAAAACAAGAAAGGAGAAUGGCUUUCUUAUAUACGAAGAUGACCCUAACGGUAUGGACUUCAUUGAUAUAUUCUUGGUCAAUGGAAGAGUUAGAAUGAGGCUACACAUUGGACAAUGUACUCUACAGCAAGAAUUUAUUGAUGGAAACUUUUCGGAUAAUGAAUGGCAUCGUGUGCGUGUUUUUAGAGCGUUUGAAAGCACUCAUUUCAAAGUGGAUCACCACGCGUCUAAAAUCAUAAAAUGUGGGGCUAAACAUUCUUCUUUCAGCGCACAGAGCUCUUUGUACGUUGGGGGAUUUCCUAUGGAUAUAUCGCUUAAUUCAUUGGCCUUUCCUGGUUCAUUCUACGAAAUUUAUAACGGCAACAGAUUCAUAGGUUGCAUCAGUGGCGUCAAGUACAGCGAUGCGUAUGGACAUUUCACAUCUGCCGUUAUGAAGAAUACUUCUGGUACAACAGCGGACUGCAAGCGAUCAUGUACUCGUCCAUACGACUAUAUUAUGAAAUGCAAGCAUGGCGAGCGAUGUGGUAGCAAGAUAACCGACUGUGAUUGUUUGGAGACUGGGUACGAGGGCCAAGACUGUACUCGAGCGUCUACAUCGGUGUGGUUGAACGGGACAGGCUACAUCAAAUACGACAUGGGUAAAGACACUAAGGAUAAAACGCCAUUGAGAAACUACAUUGGUUUUCGCUUUCGCACCUCACUAUCAGAUGGAGUAAUACUACAUAGUAGUGUAAAGAGACAUUUUUUGGUUAUUGAACUACRGCAUGGGAAUAUCGUGCUAAAGCUGGAUCUUGGCAAAGGGGAAUUAGUUCUUACUGCUGGAUUCGGUCGCCGUUUAAGUGAUAACCACUGGCACUGGGUGGAAGUGAAACGGCGCAAUCGUCACGCAACUCUAAUACUAGAUGGUCGCGUGACAAAGAAAGGUCGAGCCCCUGGACCUGCAUCUUCCUCCAAGCUGGUCUUGAAGGGCGGCAAGGAAGUUAUUUACUUUGGCGGAGGACCAUCGCAUGUAGAUCUUGGGAAAUCUUAUUCAAAAAGAAACUUWAGUGGCUAUCUACAGCAACUCCGGUUUGAUGAGUACAAAAUAUUAGAUAAAGUCAUGAAAGAAAAAAAUGAUAAACGCUUUACAAAACAUGGACUUGUUAUUGAUGCUAAAGUCUGGGCAACUGUUGCUACAAAAACCGUUACAGUUAACCCCACGACACUAACUGGGAUGGGGUCAGGAGAUUGUUCAGGCAGUGAUGAUGAAGAUUGCGUGACAAAGGAAAGUGUUACUACAUCCCCAGGAAGUAAUGAGAGUUCUUCAWUUUCUGGUGGCUCUGAGAACAGCACAGACACCAGUCUUAUUUAUUCAGACCCAAGAAGCUCUUCCAAGUACCAUGGAGUACCUGCCUGGAUCAUUACUAUUCUAGUAGUCGUGGCAGUAUUAGCAAUAUUUAUUACUGUAUUUAUAAUAUAUCGUUGGAAUACACGAUACAGUGGAUCCUUUAGCACUGCUUCAGCCACACCCAAGUCAGACUUGUCCCAGCCAUGGCCAGAAGCUCCUUCAAGAACAGUUCCUGUCGUCACUAGUACUCCUCCUCUUCGCGUCGAACAACCUUCAAUAUCCGUCACAUCAUAUGAUAAAGUAUGAAAAACUCGAGGAAAAAAGUUGGUCAAAUUCAGAAGUGUGUAUACUAGAGGCCAGAGCAUGACAUCGGAAGGAACAACCAUAGAAUAUGUCACAGUGCAUGGGCACCAGGUCUAUUAAGUGAUGCUGGAAUACCAGUCAUAUUUAGACGUCGUCGCCAUCGUAACAAGACAUGACGCCAUCAAGUAGAACCAAAGAACAAGAAAUACAUAGAACAAAUAAAAUACUGGUUGCAUCAGCAGCAAAAUGUCAGUAGUAACACAGAGAAACGUUCCUAACUUUACAAUGACAAAUUAAAGUCUUCGUUAAGGACAUGUAAUAAAUAAGAAUAAACAAAGAUUAUCUGAGUGUUAUUCACCAUUUUCUAUACAUCGGCUCACUGGUCACAUAAAAAGCAUUCAUUGAGGCUUCAACAUGGUUUCAAAGGCAUUUUCGUUCCCAAAACGUUCUCAACUUUCUAACGAAAAAUCAAUUUGUCGCUUAGAAGUGUCUGGGGACUGGAGACAACGGUUUCGAACUGAAAUUCGAAUUUAAGCCUUGAAGCCUCGACUGAAUGCUUUGUGUUUAACUAGUGAACCGAUGUAAAAAUAGCAAUGAAAAAGGGGUGAAACAUGUCAACCAGCAAACAUUCAAUAUUCCUGAAAUCGAACUUAGUUAUUGAAACGAGGCUGGUUGGUAAAUGUUGCUAAGCAGCAAUCUUGGAUUCGGAUUCCUUAGCACGAAUAGCAUGUUGGAAGAAAUAAAGAUUAACUAAAAUUAGAACGUCAACAGAGUUUAAACCUGCCAAAAGGCAAAGAGUUAGAAAUAAUAAAUGUCAAAGAGUUUUCAAUUACAACUUGCAUGUAAAAAACCGCUAAAAUAUGUUAGUUUUUUCUGAGUUGCAUCGUCCUGAACAUUGCGUAUACUCCACGCAUGCAAGGUGGGGAAUAUUUAAGAUAAUAGCAUAAUCGAUGUAGUUUAUCUGAGAACAACAACGUGUGCUUGUAUUACUAAAGAAUA